GAUGUUGGUGAUGACCCAACUUUAGUCUCAUCACCUUUUUUUUGUUUCCCACUCUCUUCUGAUUCCUACGGUUCUUUCGAUUUGAGCCUUUGCGAUUCCUCUGCACAUGGUGAUCUGUUUCUGACAUUCAGAGCGAAAUACAUAUAUGUAUAUCUGGGUAACUUUUGGGAUCUGAGAAAAUCUAAAUCAAAGUUGGAAUCCUGUUGCUGAUCUUUCUUCUAAAAUGGGUUCCUCUUCAGAAAAGUUGUUCAAUAGAGAGAGGGCUCUACAUGAGAUUCUGGGAGGUGGCAUUGUUGCAGAUGUGGUGCUGUGGAGGGAGAAGAAUGUGAGUGUUGGUAUAGUCACAGUAACGAUAGGAUCAUGGAUGGUGUUUGAGACAUUAGCUUAUACAAUUCUCACUCUUCUUUCAAGUGUUCUUCUCCUCUUGCUCUCUAUUCUUUUCCUCUGGUCCAAAUCUGCAUCCAUCCUCAACAGGCCAUCACCACCAUUGCCGGAGUUUCGUAUAACUGAAGCGAUGGCAGUGGAAACUUCAGCAUUGUUACGCAUCCAUGUUAAUAAGUUGCUUCAAGUCUCCCAUGACAUUGCAAUGGGAAGAGACUCAGAGUUGUUUAUCAAAGUAGCUAUCUCUCUAUUUCUCAUCACAUUCAUCGGAAGCCUCAUGGAUUUUCAGACACUUUGCCACACUUGCGUUUUGAUGGUUUUGACAGUUCCAGCUUUCUACGAGAGAUACGAGGAUUACAUUGAUGGAUCUCUGGUGUUCAUCUACAACAAAGCUAAAGAGCUUUACCUUAGAUUCGAGAUAUGGGCUUAUCCGGAAAAUAAGAAACUGAGCUGAGACCCCGUCUGUCUCUCUUUGACUUCACUUCUCUCUUCUUCAAACAGUUUCUUCUUCAUUUUUGAUUUCUCAGCUUUGUGGAAAGAAAGACGAAAAUGUAUGUUUAUUUGGAUAAAUGUUUUAAUGGUACAGCCAAUAUAUGAGCAAAC